AUGAAAAUUGGACAUGGUUUAUCGUGUUCUGCUUUUGUGUUCUUGAGUGAAAAAGGGAACAACUUGACCUUAUAUUCAUCAGAUGUCAGCAUUCUGGAGUUGAGCAAAUGGGUUGUUGUGUCUCAACAAGCAGUAGGAGUACUUGUAGCAGCAAGAGCAAUGGAGACACGAAUUUUCACUAAUGGAAAGAGCCGGGGUUCCUGCAUCUUUACGCAGCAGGGCCGCAAGGGUAUUAAUCAGGAUGCCAUGAUUGUGUGGGAAGAUUUCAUGUCUGAAGAUAUGAUCUUUUGUGGUGUUUUCGAUGGUCAUGGUCCGCAUGGUCAUCUUGUUGCACGCAAAGUUAGGGAUGCCUUACCGAUUAAACUGCUAUCAUUUUUGCAUUCUUCUGAAUCAAAGCGAAAUGGUUCAGGUAAAACUUGGUUCAAAGGGAAUGUAAAACCUGAUAGUGUAGAAUUUGAGAAGGAUUGCUCCACAGAGGAUAAAAUGAACUCUAUGUGGAGAGAAGCUUUCAUGAAGGCAUACAAGGCUAUGGACAAAGAACUCAGGUCUCAUCCAAAUCUGGAUUGCUUCUGUAGUGGGAGCACUGCUGUGACUAUAGUGAAGCAGGGUUCCAAUCUGUUCAUGGGCUAUAUUGGGGAUUCUCGGGCAAUCAUGGGAUCCAAGGAUAGCAAUGACUCCAUGGUGGCUAUUCAGUUGACUGUUGAUUUGAAGCCUGAUUUGCCAAGGGAAGCAGAAAGAAUUAAGCGCUGCAAAGGCAGGGUAUUUGCUUUGCAAGAUGAGCCUGAAGUGCCUAGAGUGUGGUUGCCCUUUGAUGAUGCACCAGGAUUAGCAAUGGCCAGAGCAUUUGGAGACUUCUGCUUGAAGGAGUAUGGUGUGAUUUCUAUCCCUGAAUUUUCUCAUCGGCAGCUUACAGACAGAGAUCAAUUCAUUGUUCUUGCCUCAGACGGGGUGUGGGAUGUUUUAAGCAAUGAGGAGGUGGUUGAGAUAGUAUCUUCAGCACCAACACGAUCAUCGGCAGCAAGGAUUCUGGUAGAUUCUGCUGCCAGGGAGUGGAAACUUAAAUACCCUACUUCAAAGAUGGACGACUGUGCUGUAGUAUGCUUAUUUUUGGAUGGGAAAAUGGACUCAGAAUCUGAUUAUGAUGAACAAGGCUUUUCUUCUGCAACCAUCCAUAGCAAUCAUUCGGGUAACCCCAUUGAGUCAGAUGAUGGACAAAAGUCUGAGCCAUCAUUGCAGAGGAACUUCACUGUGAGAUCCUCAGAAGAAAAUGAGACUAAUGGAGUACUAAAUGUUGAUGUUGAAGAUGGAACAUCAGCUGAUGAUCAAAACUGGUCAGGUUUGGAAGGGGUCACUCGUGUAAACUCACUUGUCCAACUUCCUAGAUUUUCCGAGGAAAGGCCAGACUCUUGA